AUGAGUAAUGAGUAUGAAUCCAUACCUGACCAGAAUGUAGAUGAACUUUUUACCUGUCCUAUAUGCUACCAAGAAACCAUGGAAAAUUCAGAAAUUGAAGGCUGUCGACACACCUUUUGUACUGAAUGCUUAAAAGCGUUUCUUGCUGAUAAAAUUUCCUGUGCAAAAGUAACACAAAUCACAUGCCCAAAUGAUAAGUGUGGGACUGUCUUAAAAAGGUCGUUUUUAGAGACCAUAGUGCCUCCAGAAAUUCUUGAAAAAUAUGAUAAAUUCAAAAAACGUGAAGAAUUAUCACAAAAUCCUUUAUUGAAGUUUUGCCCAGAGCCGGAUUGUGAAGGGUAUGAUGUUGGAGGACACAAAAAAAAUAAGCUUAUGGUGCAUGAUUUUUCUGCAUUUUUUAGUAAAAUUUAUUAUAAAAUUAUGAUUUUUUUUAAAAAAAAUCUGGGAAUUGCCAAAAUAUAAAGAACCCAGCUUACAUGCAGCAUUUGUAAGAAAAAUUUUUGCUUUACAUGCAAUGAGCCUUGACAUGGCAAAGAAAGAUGCAAAAAUAAAACCAAUGUGGAAUUCGAAAAAUACGUCAGAGAGAAAAAUGUGAAAUUUUGCCCAAAAUGUGGAAAAAGGGUAGAAAAGCAAGGCGGGUGCUCACAUAUGACUUGCAUUUGUGGAUUUAUCUGAUGCUGGAGAUGUGGGAGAAACCCGUUUACGAGGUAUCAUGGAGUGAAGUGCUAUUUUGGGAAUUCUCUAGCAGAGAUGCGAUGAAUUGUCAUUCUUGGGAUGCUUUUAUCACCAAUUCUCGCGCCUAUAAGUGCAUUGAUUAUCCUUGUUUUAUUUUUUUCCUCAAGUGAUGCAAAUAGAACUGGGAAGCUUUACAAAUAUAGAAUUUGGCUAUAUUUGAUGCUCUUAUUUUUAUCAAUUCCGGUUGAAAUUGUAGUGAUGGCGAUUAUUAUUUUUCUAUUAAUAGACGACAAGUGGAGGCAUUUUUCUCCUAAAUCCCCUCCGUGAGCGAACAAAAAAUAUAUUGUUCGCUCACGGAGAGGGGAUUUUUUUAAAAAUUUAUGUUUUGGUUCAAAAUUCAACAGAACCAGCCAGAGAUUUCAUUAUACUAAUUAUAGAAUAAAAAAUUUUAUUAGCUCACAGAGGGUGUGAGUUUUUGGCAAAAAAAGGAUUUUUCCAAUGUUUUUGUUCGUUCACAGAGAGAGUAAGCAGAUUGUACGGACUUUAAUUGGGAUAUCAGCAACUCUAAUAGCAAUUAUUGGUGUAUGUAUUUUAUAUCCUCUUUUUCUAUUAAUGCUCGCCCUCGGGCCUAUUUUCGGACUAAUCUGUCUCUCACUCAAACUCUGCAGUCUCUGUAAAAUGCAAAAACCUGAAGAAAAUAAUAGUAAUUACCCACAUGACUUUAUUUAA